CGUUCAAAGUGUCAUGGGCUAUGUUCUUGUAGCAUCAUCCCUUGCACACUAGAUUUGAAUUCAGACAGCUCCCCGACGAAGAUGUUUUCAUCGAAGCUCCAGCCGAGGGCCUUCCUUCCACACAUAUUCUCCUUGAGCACCCCUUCUUUCCCCACUACAUCUUGCAACGGUGACCAAAACCCUAACCCUAGCCCCAGCUCUCCCUCCUCCAUCUAUCAUGGCACCACCAACAGCCGCCGCAGCUCUUCCAUGAGGAAUUCCAGAUUCUCCCCGUCUUUCUUCUUUCACAACGCCAGAAUCGCUAUUACCCUGAUACCAUCCACUGUCUUCCUCCUAGACCUUGGUGGAACUCCGGUUGUCGCCACUCUGACCGUCGGCCUCAUGAUAGCCUAUAUCCUCGAUUCCAUCAAUUUUAACUCCAGUUCGUUCUUCGCAAUCUAGUUUGCCCUCAUUUUCGCUUAAAUUGUCUUCUUCUUCAGCUCCUCCCUCUCCCUCACAUUCAAUUCCAUCUCCCUCGCUUUCCUUGCCAGUUUAACUUGCGCAUGGGCCAAUUUCCUAAUUGGUGUUUGGGUUUCCCUUUGGUUCAAGUAGAUUCAAAUCGAAUACCCCACCAUUGUAAUUGCACUGGAAAGGCUAUUGUGCUGCAUUCCUGUCAUCGCCUUGGCUCUUUUCAGCCGGGCAGUAGUCUCUGCAAUUGGUAUGGCAAACGUCGCAUUUUAUCUCUGUUUCUAUUGGCUUUAUUCAAUUCCUGGGACAUCAUCCUUUAAGUCAAAGCAAGAUGUGAGUUAUCAUGGGGGUCAAGUUCCAGACGAUGGUCUAAUUCUAGGACAGCUUGAGAGUUGCAUCACACCUUGAGUCUAUAUCCGAAGUCUUUGGGUCCGCCCCUGGUUCUUCCCUCUAUUCUUUCACAUUGUGUCACGUUACUCCGUUAUAUUUUCAUCAGCUACUCCGGUUUGUGACUUGUUCCUUCUUUUUUCCAUACCAUUUUUGUUUCAACUUUAUGCAUCGACUAUAGGGGCACUAUGUUGUGUCACCAAAAAUGAGCACCAGCUGCAGAGCAUUCGACUAGUCAAUGGUGCUAUUGCAUGUUGCUUAGAGGGCAGAGUUGUUUUCCAUUCCUUUGGGCGGGACAUACAUGUUCCACACCCGCUAAAUUUUCUGCUUGUCACCGUUGCAAUGCUUGGACAGGCAGCGGCUGCUGGUGCUUAUGCACUUGGAAUGAUUUAUGAUACUUUCAGCUCUCUUGCAUUCGCUGCAUUAGCUGUCAUUGCCGGUGCUGCUGGAGCGAUUGUGGUUGGGUUCCCUAUUCUGAUCCUCCUGCUUCCCUCGGUAGUGGGGUUUUAUUUGGCUCACUUUUUCACCAAACAGAAUCCAUCAUCGUACUUUGCAUUCGUUGUGCUUGGGAUAUUGAUGGUUACAUAGUUUGUGAUGUAUAAUUAUUGGUACCUUAAUAUUUGGAUAGUGGGCAUGUCAUUGAAAUCUUUCUGCAAGCUUAUAGUUGGUAGCAUUAUUCUAUCAAUGGCGGUUCCUGGUUUAGCUGUCCUUCCUCCAAAACUUCAUUUCUUGACAGAGGCAGGGUUAGUCGGGCAUGCUUUGUUGCUACGCUAUGUAGAUCAGUUUUUCAAUUACUCAAAUGUAUACUACCAUGGUAUGGAUGAUGAUGUGAUGUAUCCAAAUUACAUGGUUACCCUGACUACAUUGGUGGGUUUAGCUAUUGUCAGGAGACUUAUGGUGGAUAAUCGCAUUGGACCAAAGGCAGUGUGGAUAUUAUUGUGCCUGUAUGUCUCGAAGCUCUCAACGUUGUUUAUGCCAUCAGAGGCUGUUUUGUGGGUCUCAGCUGUUCUCUUAUUAGCAGUCUCUCCUUCACUCCUUCUGUACAAGGACAACUCAAGAACAGACUCAAAGAUGAAACCUUGGCAAGGUUAUGCUCAUGCUGGUGUGGUUACUAUGUCAGUGUGGUUUUGUCGUGAGACAAUCUUUGAAGCUCUUCAAUGGUGGAAUGGUAGACCUCUUUCAGAUGGUUCUUUAGGCUCUUGCAACCUUUUGAUGGGAUUGGCUUGUAUACCUAUCAAGGGCGGGCCUAGCCAUUUUGGGUUAUGGUGCUACAGUACUCACAUGAAUGACCGCGGGUUGAUACAACACAUGCACAUGGGGUUGGGAUUAUUUUAUUCAUGGGACCCCGUCGGGCAUGUAAGGGCGCGGUCACUUGUGAGGUCAUCCUCGCAGGUUUUGCUUAACUCCAAAAAUUAA